AUGCCAGGUACCAAGACCGCCACGGUCGGAAUGUGGAUCAACGCUGGCUCCCGUGCCGAUAAUCCCAUCAGCAGUGGAACUGCGCAUUUUCUAGAGCAUUUGGCUUUUAAAGGCACCGCCAAACGGUCACAGUACAGUCUAGAACUCGAGAUCGAGGACUUGGGUUCCCAGAUCAACGCUUACACCUCGAGAGAGAACACUGUAUACUACACACGCUGUCUUCUGAAGGAUUUGGAGCAGAACGUUGAUAUCUUGAGUGACUUGUUGACGAAACUGAAACUAGAAGCCAAGGCUAUUGAGAGAGAGAGAGCCGUCAUUCUUCAAGAGAGUGACGAGGUUGACAAGAUGUUUGACGAGGUCGUUUUUGACCAUUUGCACGAGAUCACCUUCCGCAAGCAGGAUCUCGGCAGAACCAUCUUGGGACCAAGAGAGAAGAUCAAGACCAUCAACAGAGACGACUUGGUCAACUACAUCAAGACAAACUACAAGGGUGACCGCAUGGCGCUCAUCGGUGUUGGCUGCGUUGACCACGAAAAGCUUGUGGAGACCGCCAACAAGUUCUUUGGCCACAUUGAAAAGAGCCCUGUUCCAUUCAAGCAGCAUGGCGACGAUAUGCCCGUGUUCCACGGUGCCGAAAGACUUAUUCAAGACAACUCCUUGCCUGUGACCCACGUGGCCUUGGCUGUGGAAGGCGUGAGCUGGUCAGCCCCUGACUUCUUCACCUCUUCUGUUGCCAACGGUCUUAUUGGCUCUUGGGACAGAUCCAUCGGGGUGGGCUUGGACUCUCCUUCCCCAUUGACGGUAAAGGCCGCCAUGGGAGGCCCAAACAACCAGCCUAUGGUCAACGCUUUCAUGGCUUACACGACAUCUUACGCUGACACAGGUUUGAUGGGUGUCUAUUUCACAGCAGACAGCAACACAGACAUGUCCUUGUUCACGAACGCUGUUCUCAAUGAAUGGGCUCGUUUGAAGGCGGGCGACAUCACCGAAGAGGAGGUGGAGAGAUCCAAGGCACAGCUUAAGGCUUCCCUUGUUUUGGCUCUUGACGACUCCACCGCUAUCGCUGAAGAUAUCGGCAGACAAUUGGUCAAUACCGGUUUCCGCUUGCUGCCUGAAGAUGUCUUUGAGAGAAUUGAGUCUGUUACAAAGCAGGAGGUUGUCGAUUGGGCCAACUGGAGACUCAAAGACAAGCCUAUCUCCAUUUGCGCUUUGGGUAACUGCAAGACAUUGCCCUCUCACAAGGAAUUGACGGCUGGCAUGGGUUGGUAA